AUGUCCGUCCUUUCACGCUUUUAUAGGCUUUCAAACGUGAAAGUGAACUGGACAUGUCCUGACUGGAGAAAAUACAAGGUUGAGCACCCAAUUCUGGUCAGACAUGUGAAGCGUCUCCAAGCCCUGGGCCUGAAGGAUCCAUGGGUUAGGAACUAUGCGUGGAUCUACUCUCCAAAUGUCUACAAGACGCCGCUGCAGAUGUGUACUAGCAUUUUCUUCAAACGCCUCCCUCACGGCUUUGCCCUGGCUGUGACCUACACUUUCGCACAGAACGCCUUCCUCAAGUGGUACAAUGAAAACGGCUAUGGAGAGGCCCAUGCUCACUAG